CACGGGGAAGAAAAGUUACCGCCCGUUCUCCCGUCACAGCUGUUUUUGUAUAUUCCUAUUCUUUUCCCAUUCAGACUCAACUUCCACAUAGUAACGGCUGUCAAAAAAUUCGACCCUCGUUAGCAACGUGAUUCGAUCACAUUAGAUCAAGGUUGUCGGGAAUUUCCCGAUCACCACUCCGGCACGAACACAAACCCUCUAUUCGUGAGUUGUGAAUCACUCGGCGUGACAUGAUGUUGUCUCCAAGUGCGUACAGCGAUGAAGGUGCGCCAACAAAUGAAUUGUCAUUCCAAGAGCUGGAAAUAAUCAUUGGCCAUCUGGAGAUCGGCACCGUGGUCACGAAAUUCUUCAAGAACAAACAGCCAGACAAGAGGAACUUGCUGUUCAAGAGAGAAUCCCGGCAAAUUGUCUGGUACAAGGAAAUGAGCAAGAGGAACGUCUACGAAGGAAUUAUUGAUUUAAGGGAAGUUAAGGAAAUUCGAACUGGCAAAAGUUCGAGAGAUUUUGAAAGAUGGAACAACUUACCGGAAUACGCCAAGUUCGAAGAUAAUCGAUGCCUGGCCGUUUUCUAUGGCCGCGAAUUCCGUCUGAAAACACUUUCCAUUUGUGCCAUUUCGAAACAAGAAUGCGACCGAUGGAUAGAAGGACUGCACUACCUGACCCGAGACACUUGCAACACAAUAUCUUACCCUCUACAGCUGGAACGUUGGAUAUGGAAGGAAUUUUACAACAUGACUCCAGACAGGACCACCGUCACUCUGAAAGAUGUCAAAGUCUUUCUGCCGCUCAUUAACUGUCAAAUUCCCAAAACUCGUUUGAAAGAAGUUUUCCAUGAAGUCAACAAUCGAAAUAAUGGUGAACUUUCAUUUGACGAAUUUGCUUCACUCUGCCACAUCCUCACCUACGACGGAACUAUAUACCACACGUUCUUCCAGAAAUUUUCCACCGACGGAGUGAUUAUUUCACUGGCGGAUUUCCAGACGUUCCUGGCCGAACAAGGUGACAGCAAAGCCUUCAAGGAAAGCGACUUGGUGACGGCCAUGUUCAUGCGAGAUUUCGUGCGGGAUCCACGACGUAGUACCGUGGCCGAUCAAGACUACGAAGAAGGAUUCUUCACCGCCAAAGAGUUUAUGAGUUAUAUGUUUUCCCAACACAACGAACUCUUGGAUCCUAAACACAAAGUUGUCAACCAAGACAUGGACCAGCCCUUGUCUCAUUACUGGAUCGCUUCCUCUCACAACACGUAUUUGACUGGCGACCAGCUGAAAAGUAUGUCCAGUGUUGAGGCUUACGCUCGAUGUCUGAUGCUAGGCUGUCGAUGUGUCGAGCUGGAUUGCUGGGACGGCCCGGAUGGUAUCCCCGUCAUCUACCACGGAAAUACAAUCACGACGAAAAUCAGUUUCCUGGACGUCGUGAAAACAAUUCGUGAUCACGCGUUCGUCACUUCACCUUACCCGGUCAUCCUAUCCCUCGAGGAUCACUGCUGUCUGACCCAGCAGACUAAAAUGGCCGCAAUUUUCGAAGAAAUCCUUGGUCCCAUGUUGCUGAAAACGCCCAUACCCCACCAGAAAAUGGAUCAGGAAAUGCUGCCGUCUCCCAACGAAUUAAAAGGGAAAAUUAUCCUCAAGCACAAGAAAUUACCGGAAAAAUCCACUGACACCACUUCGCAAACGGUUGAGCAACCGGAAUGCUGCAUCGCCGAUUCCGACAGUGGGCCCUUGGAGAAGAACGGAAUUUUGUACUUGGAAGACAAAGUGAAAGGCGAAUGGGUUUCUCAUUUCUUCGUCCUGAGCGACGCCAAAAUGUAUUACACCAAAUUCAACGCCAAGGACAAUCAGACGGAAGAGGAAGAGGAAUACGAAGAGGAUGACACCAUUUCAAUGGCUUACCAGCCCGUGCCGGAAGGCGUUCCGGAAUACGAGCUCCAUUUCGGCGAGGUCUGGUUCCACGGUCGAUUGGAAGGAGGUCGAAUCCGGUCGGAAGAACUUUUGAAACAAUACGGACCCAGUCUAGGUGAUGGAGCAUUUCUUGUCCGAAAUAGCGACAACUUUGUUGGUGAUUUCUCCCUGUCGUUUUGGCGCCAAGGAAAGGUUUAUCACCUUCGAAUUCGUCGGCCAACUCGUACCGGAAACGAUGGGAAACCCGUGAAAAUGUAUCAGCUGGAAAACGGCGUCUAUUUCGACAGUUUGUACAGUUUGGUUGUCAACUACAGAAUCAAUCCACUUAAAAGUCCCAGUUUCAGCAUCGUUUUCAACAAUCCAGUUCCUCAACCUAGCACUCACGAGAGGAUGAAGUGGUACCACCCAACAAAAGGGCAAGCGGAAGCCGUCGAAUUACUCCGCAGCAUUCCAAACGAUGGAGCUUUUCUGGUCCGACCAAGUGAUAAAGAAUCGGGCACAUUUUCCAUCUCGUUCAGGGCGGAAGGAGAAAUCAAGCACUGCCGGAUUAAACAAGAAGGCCGUUUGUUUAUCAUUGGAUCGGCCCAGUUUGAGAGUCUCGUCGAUUUGAUCAAUUAUUACGAGGUGAAUCCUCUUUACGGACAAGUUCACCUCCGCAUUCCGGUGACGGAUGAUAUAUUAACGCAAAUUGAGCAAGGCCUUCCUAUUGGCGAACCAACUUGCAAUUCAGAUCCAUCAGCAAAGGAACUCAAACAGGAUCUCUAUUUGGUAUCCGACGCUCUGAUGGGUCCAAUGGGGAUUACGGUCAAGUCGCUGCAAAGUUACCAAAGUCAAGAAGACGACGAACUGAGUUUCCCUAAAAACGCCAUCAUCAAAAACGUCAAGAAAGUCGAUCAACAUUGGUGGCGGGGAGACUACGGAGGACGACUGCAGUAUCUUUUUAUGGCCAAUCUCACGCAAGAAAUUGAUUCCGAAGAAGCUCAACGAUUCCUGGAAGAAAAUUCAGCCGAUGGAGUUGCCAAUGGACUGCAGACUAAAGAAAGUUACGAUGUGGCCGGGGCUGAAGUGGAGCUGUUGAAAUUGCAAGCGUCGCUGGUCAGGGCCCAGUCUGUUUCAAAAGUCGAAUCCGAAAACGUCGAAAAAGUCGAACGUUCCGUCAGCGUCAACGUCCCAGAGUACACCACCUCUCCCAGCACCGAAAACAAACCGAGUGGCUCACCCGAGUGGCUACUCCGCGUGAAAUUGGCAUCCAAAACGGAAACACUCGAAUUGGGUGUCGAGACCAGAGAAGAUGCCCUGGAGUGGCGCAAAGCUAUCACGAGCAUUAGCGGCGAUCCGCUCGAACCCCAAGACACCAAGAAUUACAGCGAAAUCGAAAUCCGAUGCAGAAUUUCCAAAGCCCUUUCCGACCAAGUCGUGUACUGCCGGGCCAAGCAUUUCAAUCAGGAGCGAAUUGUGGGCGAGGGACGCAAUCCCUGUGAAAUAUCGUCCUUCUCCGAAAUCAAAGCCGAAAAGUUGAUGCUCUACGAACCGAAAUUCUUCCUCUGGUACCACCAGGUGAUGUUGAGUCGUUUGUACCCGAAAGCCACACGAAUGGACUCGAGUAAUUACAGCCCAAUGCCUUUUUGGAACGUCGGCAGUCAGAUUGUGGCUUUGAAUUACCAGACACCCGAUAAAAACAUGCAGAUCAACGAAGCGAAAUUUUUACAAAACGGCAAAAGCGGUUAUGUUUUGAAACCGAGUUACAUGCGGAAGACAUCCGACUAUAAUCCGUCCUACUGUUCAUUGUCUGACGAGGAUCCCGUUUCACUCGUUGUCAAGAUCAUUGCUGCUCGGCACCUGACCACACGCCAUUUGAAAUCUAAACGAGGCAUUGUUAGUCCUUAUGUCGAGGUUGAAGUGAUUGGCUGCAAUCAAGAUUCGAUUAGCAACAAACGUACCACAAAGACCAUCCCUGACAACGGUUUCAAUCCUUUUUGGGACGAAUCAUUUCAAUUACACAUCGCACGCCCUUCUUUGGCUAUUCUGCGGUUCGCCGUCUAUGACUCGGACAUGUUCGGAGAAUCGUGUCUUAUUGCCCAGGCCACAUAUCCGCUUGCGUGCAUUCGCCGAGGGUAUAGAAGCGUGCCAUUAAAGAAUGGCUUCAGUGAACUGCUGGAAAUGUCAUCCCUCCUUAUUCUGUUGGAUCACCAGAAACGGAAAAAAGAAUCAUUCAGCAUGGUUAGCAAUACAGUGCUGCUGCAGAAAGACCGUGCGGAUAGGCUCCGUGAAUUACAAGCGCAAAUCUCCGAGGCUGAAUUACGUGAAGACGACACGGCGGUACAGUUGGCCCGUGCUGAAUUCCAGGAAAUUGAGUCGCAAAUGGUCGAAGAGUUUCAUCGUAUGGCUUAUUAUUAGCCAGUGAAAAUAAGAAAUCAUGUGCUUCCCAAUUU